AACCUGUGAGGACUGCUAGUAGUGGUGAGGGCGUGUAACUGUGAGGACUGCUAGUAGUGGUGAGGAGUUCCAGUAGUGGUGAGGGCGUGUAACUGUGAGGACUGCUAGUAGUGGUGAGGGCGUGUAACUGUGAGGACUGCUAGUAGUGGUGAGGGCGUGAAACUGUGAGGACUGCUAGUAGUGGUGAGGGCGUGUAACUGUGAGGACUGCUAGUAGUGGUGAGGGCGUGUAACUGUGAGGACUGCUAGUAGUGGUGAGGAGUUCCAGUAGUGGUGAGGGCGUGUAACCGUGAGGACUGCUAGUAGUGGUGAGGGCGUGUAACCGUGAGGACUGCCAGUUGUCGCCAGGAACUGUUUAUUCUCCAGGGACCACACUGCUCCAGUGGCAGCAGCAGGGCGAGGAUGGGGGAGCCUGACAACUCCGACAAAGUGAUGGUCAGCAUGACGUUGGAGGAGAAGACUAAGCCUCUAGUGCCAGCUCCACUCUGGUGCUCUUGCCGCUUGACCUUGGCCUUCAUUUCCUUCCUGGGCUUCGUGAACCUGUACGCACUGCGCGUCAACCUGAGUGUGGCCAUGGUGUGCAUGCUGAACCACACCGCCCUGUCGCUCCAGCACCGCUCUCUCCUCAACACCCACACCAACUCCUCCCUCCCUGCUCCUGGGCAGGCCACUGCUUGCGAUGGCGACUCUCUGGUGGUCAAUGGCAAUGGCACGUCCGACGCAGGUAAUAGCAAGGAAGGAGAGUUUGUUUGGCCGCGAGAAAUUCAAGGACUGAUUCUCGGAUCGUUCUUCUGGGGCUACCUGGUGACGCAAGUACCGGGUGGCUGGCUGUCUGCCCGUCUGGGUGGCAAACGGGUGUUUGGUUACUUCAUGUGCGCAUGCGCUGUGGUGACGCUGCUGAUGCCUGUGGCCGCCAGGGCCGACUACCGCCUGCUGCUGUUCCUCAGGUUCGCCGCCGGAGUUUGCCAAGGCGUGGUGUGGCCAGCCAUGCAGACUGUGUGGGCCAAGUGGACUCCGCCACUGGAGGCGGGCAAGCUGCAGGGCUUCUGUUACGCUGGAUCCCAGAUUGGCAACGUGCUGACAUUCCCCAUAGCGGCCCUGCUGUGUGAAUAUGGCUUUGACGGUGGCUGGGCCUCCGUCUUCUACGUGCUAGGUGGUUGCGGGCUGUUGUGGUUCGCCGCCUGGAUGUUGCUGGUGUUCGACAGUCCGGACCAGCAUCCCCGCAUCAGCGCCCAGGAACUCGAGUACAUACAGGCUAGUCUGCGAGGCAGGGGAGGCAAGUCGUCGACCGCUGUCACCAUACCCUGGCGGAGUAUCCUGACUUCAAAGCCGGUGUGGGCCAUCGUGGUGACGCACACCUGCGCCAACUGGGGGACGUACACCUUCCUGACCAACAUCCCCACUUACCUGAAGGAGGUCCUUCGGUUUGACAUCAAGAAGAGCGGGCUGGUGUCUAGCCUCCCCUACAUCGGCUUCUGGCUCGUCAUCAACAUUUCUGGCCACAUCUUCGACAUGCUUCAGUCACGUGGCUCUCUGACUCCAACGGCGGCGCGAAAGAUCGGCAACUCUAUGGGCCUGAUGCUGCCGGCUGUGCUAGUGCUUGGUGUGGGCUUCAUGGACUGUCACAGCGCUUUGUGGGGAGUGGUGCUGCUGACGGUGGGCGUGGCCAUGAGCGGAUGUCAGUACGGCAGCGGCUUCAUCAUCAACCCCGGGGACAUCGCCCCCAGAUAUGCAGGCAUCAUCUUUGGCAUCUCCAACACCUUCGCCACCAUCCCGGGCUUCCUCGCUCCCACCGCCAUCGGUUACAUCACGUCUGACCAAACACAAGGCCAGUGGCAGAUUGUCUUCUUCAUCUGCGCUGCCAUCUAUGUGUCGGGGGCUAUCUUCUACAUGGUCUUCGGCACCGCACAUCUUCAGGGGUGGGCUUGUGAGGAGCUCGUCACCAUCAUUCCCGAACACAGCGUACCCGUACCCGUACCCCUACCAGCACCCCUAGAGACAGACUCCUCCCCGGACAAGGCAAAGGAUUGAAUGGUCUCCCCUCACAGCGAUCACGCAUGGCACUUUUUGAGAAAAUCUUUAGGGGACAAUAUUACUAUCCAAUCUGCUUAGACUGAAUUCUUAUACAUCUUGCGCUGGUCACAUGACUAAUAAAACGCCUGCUGUCGCUGAUUUAUUUUUCACUGCUGCUCGUCUACGUCUAACUACGCCCUCAUCUCAGUUGAGCUGUGCCUUAUACGUUUCAUCAACUGCAUGAGCUGUCCACUGUGCCCAUCAAAUGUCCUGUCAAAUGACAUUCUCACACAUAUACACACAUAUAUAUAUAUACACAUGUACACACACGCACACAAUAGACCCUUUCAUACAACUGAUCAUGUAUACAUAACUAUUCUAUUUCUUUAUGUUACAAAAAAUGGCCUCCAAUAUUUUCUGGGUUUUUUGUAUAAUAAAAUUAACCAGUAUAAAACCUCA